GUCACAGUUCUCUGUAACAGAAACCUUCCUUUAACACAACUGCGCGCGUCGCAGCUCACACCAGCCAUCAUGAACAGCCAGAGAAGACCGGGCAGCUUCCGCGCGACAAGCCCUGACCAACCCAAAGCUCAAACUAAAUCAAAUGCAAAUAAGAAGAGUAAACAGCAGAGAGAUCACCAUAAGACUGACAGGCAGGAGAAGUCUCCGGAGCGCGCAGAGGCCAAGUGCGCGUCAAAACGGGGAAGCAAGAAGCAACAGAGUAAAAAGGAGAAAGAUCCUCAUGACUGUGAAAGUGAAGACAAACCUCACGAAACCCCAGCACCAAAACGGGGAACCAUUCAUCGACAGAGUAAAAAGCAGAGGGAUCUCAGACAGUCUCCGGAGAACUCCGAGAGUAAGUACCAAGAAAACGGCGCAUCUGUUCCCAAAAACGCAAACAAUGCUGACGAGAAUGAGAAACAAGCCAGUGCACAAAGCAAGCAUCAGAGUAAAAAGUUUGACUGUGAAAGUGAAGGCAAACCACGGCAAACCGUCAAGAGCAAAUCCGAUGAAAAACCAGCACCAAAAAGUCAGAGAAAAAAGGAGAGCGAUCCUUUAAAUCUUGACAAAGCAGAAUCACUGGAGAGCUCCGAAAGCAAAUUGGAAGCAAAAUCCACAGCAAAACCUAGAAGGCGGCAUGAAUCUGCUAUUAAAACAGAUUCUUCUGACGCGAGUGACGCUCAGGACGCUUCUCCAGCGGUCAGCGCGCACAGCACGGAUCGCCAAAAGAAAAGCGCAGAACAAACUGCAAUGAGAGGACUAAGAGUCGAUGACACAUUGGGAAAGGUUCUUAAGGCAACUAUUGACAAAUUAAAAAUCAAUAAGAACGAGCAGUCUAACGCGUCCAGUCAUGUUAAUGACAUAACAGAUAAAGUCAUUGCACACCUGAAACGAAACACGACCUGGUGUGAAGAGAUCGAGAGGUUACGAACUGGAAGUUAUUAUGAAAACGUUAAAAUUUGUGAACCAGAUGAAUUUGAUGUGAUGAUGACUAUUCCUGUGGAGCGAGUAGACAUUCAGGAGUUUGAUGAGGCCGGAGCAUUUUACAGUAUUGCAUUGAAACGACAUACGAAAAGACAUCCUCUGGACAGAUUCCUAAAUGAAGACAAGACCAUUCAGGCCAGUGAAAUGCUGAGUGAAUUCAGAGAUGCCGUCAAGAAGGCUGUGGAGAAACUUCCAUACCAAAUUGAGAUGCAGCGAAAAAAGCCGAAAUGCCCUGCAGUGACGCUGAAAGUAAAAAUGGAAGAAAACGGAAAGACUAUUUCUGUAGACUUCGUUCUUGGUCUUAAGGUUCAUCGUGCAAGCUGGCCAGACUUUACAAAAGAUGGCUUCAAAAUAGAAAACUGGCUUGGUAAAAAGGAGAAAGCUAAUAUGAAGCAUCAACCAUUCUACCUGGUGCCUAAAUAUGAGGGAAAGGGAAACACAGAGCAUGAUGGAGUUGUUGCAAAAGAUGCCUGGCGAAUUUCUUUUUCACACGUCGAAAAAGAAAUCCUGAAAAAGCAUGGCCACUCCAAGACAUGCUGUGAAGACGUUGGACAGAAAUGUUGCCGGAAGGAGUGUCUAAAGCUCCUGAAGUAUCUUCUUCAACAGCUCAAAGAGGACGACUCCAAAUCCAAUAAGUUGUCCAGCUUCUGCUCCUAUCAUGCAAAGACCACCCUUCUCCAUGCUUGUGCCACAAGGGGAAAUGACAACGAGUGGGCAUACAGUCAGCUGGCCGACUGCUUCCAGCAGCUUUUGGAAGACUUUGUGAAACACCUGAGAAAUCGUCAUCUCCCUAACUUUUUCAUUCCAUCCCAUAAUCUCUUACAUCAAGCCUCUCCGAGUAGCUGUGAUUUCCUGGCAAAUGCAAUUGAAAUUCAGCGCAAUAACAACUUUCCUAUAUUCAAUUAAUUC